GUUCCGGGAUGCUGGUCCUUUGCGUCUUGGGUGCCCUCUUGAUGCUGUUCCCACAGAUGCUCCUGGGGACCACUCCGGGUCUUUCCACGGUGGCUGUCACUGAUCCAGGGGUGCAGAGAGCCCUCUCCAACCUGGUGCGGCAAUACAAUCGCCGCAGAAGUGACACCCUCAACUAUUUCAAGGUGCUCCGUGUUGUGCAAGCGGAGCAACAGGUGGUAAAUGGGAAGCUACGUGAAUACCAUAUUAAGGUGACUAUGCUGAAAACAAUAUGUCUAAAGCAGAAACGUAGCUUGACGUUUAAAAGCAUCCAGAAGUGUGAGACGCUUCCAGGAUCUCAACAGAUAACACACGUCUACUUUAUUCUCGACGUUUCACAAGAACAUUGACAUUCCCUGCCUGUUGCCGAGCUGGACCUCCACAGGACCUCUUCUGCUCCGGCUAAGGAUUCUGAUUGUGUCCAGCAGCCGAGCAACAUCUGGGUUGCAAACUGGCUUCACACCAAGCUCUGCUUCUUCUGGCACCAAUCAAGAAUGAGACGGUUUGUUUCAGUCCAAAUUCACAUCUUCUGCGUUUCUGAGAUUGUUCCUUGACAUCCAGGGAUGCCUUUUCUUGCACUUCUCCUCCUUUCUAUCAUUUUCAUCUCUGAGCAGAAUCAAUAUUUUGCUAAUUCGGGUCAUUCAUCUUA